AUGGUGCAACUCAAGAAAAUGCUAGUAGCAAUCUGGCCCGAAGGACCUUUCUCUAUCUUUUACUGUGAAAUGCAAAGAAUUGGUCAGUGGAGAAAGACAGUGUUCAGCAGUGAGAUUUAUCCAAUUAUGAUAAAUAAGAGUUGGAUAGACAAACCAAUAAAAUCAAAAGAGUUUAAAGAUGGGGUGGUCCAAUUUUUGGACUUUGCCUUUUCUAAUGCAGCAGUCAAUGGAAAAAUAUUGUGUCCUUGUAUUACAUGCGGAUUUAAUCUUUCGGGUAAUAGAGUUGAAGUAUUUGCUCAUCUCCUUCGAAGGGGAUUUCCUAGCAAGUACACCUUUUGGAAUAUGCAUGGGGAGAAACAUAUCCAACGCAAUGUUGAAUCAGAAGGCCAAGUAGAAACACCGCCAACUAGACAACGUCCAAUGCAAGAUAUGUUAAAUGAUGUCUUUGGUGUCUUAAUUGAUCAAGGAGUUCAAGAUCAUGGGCCAUCAAAUCCUUCUAAUAUCGAGGACCCCACAAGUACGGAGGAUAUAAGUAAUGAGGAGUUGAAAAAGAUUAAAGAUUUGAUGGAAGAUGGAAAUCAAGAACUCUAUCCUGGAUGCACAAAACAUAGCAAACUAUCAUUCAUUGUUCGUCUCUACCAUAUAAAAAUUUUAUGUGGUGCCACAGAUAAAACAUUUUCGAUGCUUAUUGAACUUCUAAAUGAUGUUUUUCCCUUUGCUAAACUACCAACUUCUUUCUAUGAAGCAAAAAAGACGAUCAAGAGGAUAGGUUUGAGUUAUAAUAAGAUUCAUGCUUGUCCAAAUCACUGCAUGUUGUAUUGGGGGUCAGAAGAGGAUGAGAAGAGAGAUGAAUGCAAGAUAUGUAAUACAUCUAGAUGGAAAGUAGUAGAAAAGGAUGGUUCUUCAAAUGGUGUAAGUGAUGGUACGAAAAAGAAACAAAAACCAGCAAAAAUAUUGCGAUACUUCCCACUUAUACCAAGGUUGCAAAGGUUGUACAUGUCUUCUAAAACUGCAGAGUCAUUGAAAUGGCAUGCUAUGGUGGCAAAUCCUGAUGGGUUGUUAAGGCAUCCUAGAGAUACUAAAGCAUGGAAAGAGUUCAAUUCAUUUUAUCCAGAAUUUGCGUUUGAUCCUCGUAAUGUCCGAUUCGCAUUAGCUACUGAUGGUUUCAAUCCAUUUGGAACUUUAAGUUCUUCAAACAGCAUUUGGCCUGUAAUGUUGUAUCUUUAUAACUAUCCUCCAUGGUAUUGUAUGAAGCCAACUUCUCUUAUCAUGUCAAUGAUAAUUCCCGGACCUAAGAUGCCUGGAAAUAAAAUUGAUGUUUACUUGCAGCCUUUAGUUGCUGAGUUAAAUCAAUUGUGGAUUGGUGUUGAUGCUUAUGAUAUCUCUACUAAAGAAAUGUUUCAAAUGAGAGCUGCAUUAUUUUGUACAAUUAGUGACUUUCCAGGUCUUGAUAACUUAUCUGGGUGGAACACACACACGUCGUUUGCUUGUCCAUCAUGUAAGUUUGAUACAAAAUCUAAAAGGCUUAAGUUUGGUCAGAAAAAUUGUUUCAUGGGUCACCGCCAAUAUUUACCCCAUGGUCAUAAGUACAGGUACAAUACAAAGUCCUUUGAUGGAUAUGUGGAACAUAGUCUUGUGCCUCAUCAAAUGUCAGGUUCAUCGACACUACGACAAAUUGAGGAUUAUCUAAAAAAGGCUCGUGAUGAAGUGCUUGAUGACAAAAAUAGAACAAAAGAUAAUCUUUCUGCUCGUAAAGACUUGCAAAUUAUGGGAAUUAGACCAAGUCUUCAUCCAUAUCCAGAUCCCAAUUCCUCUAAAUUUCCUCAUUCAUGCUUUAAAAUGAAAGCUAAGGAAAAAGACAUGUUCCUAAAAAUUCUUAAAGAUGUGGUUUUUCCUGAUAGUUAUGCAUCAAAUAUUUCUAGAUGUGUUGAUACUAAGAAACGCAAAAUAUCUGGUCUAAAGAGUCAUGACUCACACAUUCUGAUUGAACAUCUUCUACCAAUUGCUUUUAGAAAAACUCUUCCAAAAGAAGUUGCUUCAGUGUUGAUUGAGUUAUGUAACUACUUUAGAGAAAUUUCAUCAAAGGUUCUAGAUGUCAAGAAUAUAGAGAAACUACAACAAAGAAUUUCUCUAACCCUUUGCCAUAUGGAGAUGAUAUUUCCUCCUUCUUUUUUCACUAUUAUGGUUCAUUUAGUCAUUCAUUUGGGAGAGGAAGCAAUGAUUGCAGGUCCAGUGCAUUAUAGAUGGAUGUACCCUGUUGAAAGGACCCUUGGCCAUUUAAAAUCAUAUGUUCGUAAUAAGGCUACACCAGAAGGUUGUAUAGCUGAAGGAUACAUUAUGGAAGAAUGCCUCACAUUUUGUUCAAGAUAUUUUGAAGAUGGAGAUAUUGAAACGAGGUUCAACCGACCAAGACGCAAUGAUGAUGAUAAUGGGAUCAAUACUAGUAGUGAGUCCACUAUCUUGUCAAAUUUAUUUCCAGCAUUAGGUAAGCCUAUUGGAGCCAUCAAGAUUGUUUCACUCUCGCACUUGGAUAAGAUACAAGCUCAUCGUUACGUGUUAACUAAUUGUGAAUUAGUAGACAAAUUUCGUGAGAAAUGCAGAAUUGAGGUCUCUAGGAUGCACCGCGGCAAGAGAAAUUCGUCAAAAAUUGUGGAAGAAUACGUUCACAAACAUUUUCAUGAGUGGUUUCAAGAAUAUGUUGCAAGAAAGGUUGAUCCAGAUAUUUCCGAUGAAAUUAGUUGGCUUGCAAACGGACCAAAUGAUAUUGCGAGGAGAUUUAAUGGGUAUAACAUUCGUGGAUUUAAGUUUCGUACCCAAAGGAAGGAGCAAGGUUUUAGAACUCAAAACAGUGGUGUUGUUAUGUCAGCUUUUACCAAGAGUUUUUCAACUACAGGGGAGCCUAUUGAAAAAUCAAGUGAUGACAUGUACUAUGGGAAAUUGGUUGACAUCAUAGAACUUGAUUACUAUGGUAAUCUAAGGGUUGUGCUCUUCAAAUGUGUUUGGGCAGAUACUAGACCUAACAAAGGAAUCAAGAUAGAUCAAUUUGGAAUACAUAGUGUGAAUUUUUCUCGCUUGAUACACACUGGCAUGAAUGAAAUAGAUGAACCAUUCAUCCUUGCUACUGAUGCUAGAAUGGUGUAUUAUGUUGAUGAUCCAUUUGAAGAAGGUUGGUCUUGUGAGCUACAAUUAGGGAGGCACGUUUGUCGAAGCGAGGUUAUUUUAUCAACUUUAAUAAAGAAGGAUGGAAAUUAUGUGAACGAAGAAGGAAAGGCCAUGGCUGAGAAGAUUUCAGAGAGCUUGUCUGAAGAUAAAGAACGUACCGCCACAAUAGGUGUCUCAUCAAAGAUUAAUGUGUACACUGAUGAUGCCAUUGCAAAAAUAUGUGGAGCUGAACACUCAGGUCGAGUACGUGGUUUAGGCUUAGGAGUUUGUCCUACUCAAGCUUUUGGAAAACGAAGACAUUACACAAAUUUUAUUCAAGUUGGUAGCUUUAGUCAAAAGAAUGUUGAAGACUUGCAGAAGGAUGUAGAAUGUUUGGGAGAAAAACUAAUUGGAUAUGAAGAGACUAAAGAAAAACUUACACAAACCACCGAACAACUCACACAUACCACUGAGCAACUUGCACAAGCACAACAUCAAUUGGAGGUUCUUCAAAACUUCAUGAAGCAUAAAUUUGGCGAUGAGUUAUCUAUUUUCAAUAGCAAUGCUUCUCCAAAUUAG